GCUCAAUUCACCGUCUUGAGGCGUGUUAACGAAUUACCAUAGUGAUAUAACGUGUUUCUUUGCCAUUAUGCUUAUUGGACUGUGUGGAGGAAUCUGCGCCGGGAAGUCAUCGAUAGCUUCAUACCUCAUUGAGGAGCAUGGCUUCAAGCGUCUUCGUCUAGCCCGCACCGCUGCCACGCCCGCCGUCGAGAAGUCAGCGUCUGACGCCCACGUGCCAUCGCCCUCCGCCUCUACCUACGUCGAGCACACCUUCACCGAUGUCGAUGCGUUGCUUGACUUUGUCACUCUGCGGUGGAGAGAGCGAUGGGUGACAACGGACAUCUGGGACGACAGGGUGGUCGACGCCCUGCUUCGACGCCCUUUCUUCCUCCUAAUCAGCGUCGACGCCCCAGUCAGCGUGCGAUGGCAGCGCUUCAAGAAUCGCUGCGCCGCCAACAACCUCACACCGCCUACACUGGAAGACUUUGUCUUGCGCAAUGACGCCCAUCUGUUCGCCCAGCGUACCGGCCUCAGUGCUCUCUUCCAACGGGCGCAGCUCAAGUUGCUAAACUCGACUACUUCCAUCGCCUCGCUUCGCAAUGCUAUUCGCUCGCUCAAUCUCACAGAUGAGGCACGGCUGAGACCUAGCUGGGACCAGUACUUUAUGCAGCUUGCAGACCUGGCGGCACUACGCAGCAACUGCAUGAAACGAAGAGUCGGCUGCGUUGUCGUAAGAGAGAAGAGAGUGAUCAGCACUGGGUACAAUGGCACGCCAAGAGGCAUGACGAACUGCAAUGAGGGUGGCUGCCCGCGAUGUAACAACGCAGCAAGAGGCGGCGUAGGUCUUUCAACAUGCCUAUGUCUGCACGCCGAGGAGAACGCGCUGCUUGAGGCUGGACGAGAUCGUAUCGGCGAGACGGCCAUCCUAUACUGCAACACCUGCCCUUGCUUAACGUGCAGUGUGAAGAUCACCCAAGUUGGCAUCAGCGAAGUCGUCUACAACCAAGGCUACCUCGUGGACGACCAGACGGCUCGCAUCUUCGCUGAGAGCGGUGUGCGGCUGCGACAAUUCUCUCCGCCAGCCGAUGGCCUGGUUGAUCUUUCUCUUGACGCUGCGCCCUCGGAGCAAUACCUUGAUGAGCUUGCUCAAAUCCAGGAUCAGGGUGAUAUCCGCGAAGUUUUGGACAGUGAGUACUUCGUAAGGCCGCUGUGAUAGUCAGAUGCAAUGUAGGUGUUUAGCAGUCGCCAACAUAUGCAUGGGUUUCACUGGUCAAGCAAUUGCAUCCUGAUCUCGAUGCGAUUCAUGUUACUUCGUUGUUGCCUCUCGUGCGCCUCAU